AAAGAAUUCAAAGAACUUCCUCCAGAACCAAGUCACGCACAUAGUUUCUCGGGACCUGACAAUAUCCUACACUCUAUGAACAAGCCAUCAAUAACACAGCCUGAAAACAACGUUGGAUUACCAAAGAGCAAACAAAGUGAGGCAAUCACACAAAAAAAUGGUACUGAUUUCCGAAGGUCACGUGACAUACUUCUACCAGUGAACAAGCAGCAAUCAUUGCCAUUUAGACCUAUUUCCAAAAGCCCACCACCAGAAAGCUCGUUACAUCAAAUAUCACAGAUACCAGAAAUGAUAUGUCACGAUCCACCCACAAGACUAAAACCUCAGUCUAGUCCUGAUCGACAAAACCCCAAACAUUUAUCCAGACCUGCUGCAAAGGAUUUAGAAGGACAGGAAUGGUAUAUUGGUGCCUGUGACCGUUAUAACAUAGAGGAGGCUUUAAGGUUAAACAAUAAGAAUGGCACUUUCCUGGUGAGAGAUAGUUCUAAAGGAUACCCCGAUAAGCCAUAUGUGUUGGUGGUAUAUUACAGAUUUAAAGUUUACAGCAUUCAGAUACGAUAUCUAGAGGACACUAAACAGUAUGCUUUGGGCAGUGGGCUCAGAGGACAUGAUAUAUUUGAUUCAGUGCCUGAAAUUAUAAACAUCCACAAAAAUAUUCCUUUGCGACUAAUUGAUCGAAGAGACCAAUCAGGAAGCAAAAUGGAACAAUGUACUCUAAAAUUUCCACUGAUACUGCAUUAA